UACCGCUUGGUACAAGUUAAGCCAUAUAGUAUAACUUCCACCCAGCAUGAACAGAAAUGAUCCGUCGGACAAUGCGAGUUUGAUCACAGCGAUGGAAGGGAAAUGUCUUGAAAUGUCUGAUAAUCCAGUUCAAAUAAUCACUGCAGGUUUCGCUUCGUUUCGCUUCGCUGUAUCCUUGUGGAUACAGGUUUGAUUUUUCUUCUUUCAAAGUUCUUAGUUUUAACCUUCUUAAGUAAUUGUAUUUCUAGCAUGAUUCCAAAAGCCUCCAAAUUAACCUGUCAUCACAAACUCAACAUUUCUUUAUCGGUCAGUGUAAGACCCAGACUGCGGACCAGGGGUAAAAUGCAGACUGUGUGUAAAAUGCCGACUGCAGACUGAGAGUAAAACACAGGCUGGGGUAAAUUGCAGACCGAGCAUAAACUGUAGUCGUGGAAGGGUUUAAGGGCCAAAAAAUCCCGCAAAUAAAUUUAAACAAACACUUUCUUUACGACAUCUGCUUUCACAAAUCCACUCCUUUCUUCUCUGGAACGUCGUCAACGACCCGAAAACAUAAUCGCAAUCUUGAACCUUUUUUCCAUCUGAGAGACUUCAUGCUUCAACUUUAGAUGCGAAGUUUUCGAUAUACGUGACCAGGGACCGUGAACUGGUACAACACCACAAUGUUUACACUUAAUGAAAGCUAACCCAAAAUACUGUACAGGAAGAAUUAUGGAGAUAAAAAGGGAGUAAAUCAUUCCAACAACAAAGAAAGAUGGUCUGCAGGAAAUUUGGAUGACCUUGUAUGAAAGUAUUGCAAAUCAAGGUACGCAGACUUGAGGUGUUCGGAUGUUCAUUGAAACUUCUGGCAAAUGUGCAAUUCACUUCGACUAGGAAGCGAAGUGUGUAACUGAUACCGGCUAGCUAUUUCACCGAUUUGGAGAAGAAGGAGCACUAAUGUUUAAAAAGUCUACAGUCUUUAUUCUGCAUUUUGCACCCAGCCUGUGUUUUACUCUCAGUCUGUAUUUUACCCCUGGUCCGCAGUCUGCAGUCCGCAGUCUGCGUUUUACACUGACAGAUUUCUUUAUUACCAUGCCGCUAACUACAAAAUGGUGCAUGUUAUCUUUCAUCAUUGGUUACUCUGCGAACAGUCUGCUUCAGGCUUUCUAGAUAUGUCGGGAAGAGGAAGGAGACUCUGUUGACUGCCUCGAUCAGCCUCCCUUUCAAACUAAUGACCGCGCAAGUAAUCAUUCCAAAAAAGUGCAAAUAACUUUUAAAAUUGAAAUCUUUAAUUCUCGCCAAGCAAGUUUAUAAAUUUUUUGUCCCGUGUGUGUGAUCUUGCCUUGGUUAUAAAUAUCUUUAUUUGUUUGCGCAAAUGCAGUUACCUAGCAACAAGGCACUCUCCUGGUUGCUUUAGGGGCCGUUUAAUGUCAUUUACGAGGUCAAGAAAUGCUUUUAGUGAUAAAUUUCAAGGGUAGAAGUACCUUUUUCAGAAAAUGACAUUGCCUUCAAAAUAACCACGGAAAUCGAGGAAAGAAAACAUCAGUGUAUGUUUCGCGUGCUACUUCGAGUUGUAUCAGCUUUAAUUUGUUGGGCAUAAUAAUAUGUCCUUUCAUUGUCAUGAAAUGAGUUUACGGUGGUUUUUUACUGCCAAUAGCCCAGUUAUUUUCCUGAAAUAUACCUUUGAAUUCGUGUUUAAUACGGCUCGAUCAGCUUCAAAAGGCAUUUGCUGAUGGAAUUGCCAUGGAAAACGUCUUAAAUGAAAGACUUUUCACCAGACUUGCGCACUAAUCCUUAGUCGUGUAGUGGUAAGGAGAAGUUGCGUCAAGCUGAAGAUACCGGGUUCAAAUCCUUCUUAGCACCCUUUCUUUCUUUCUUUUUGUUUUGUUUGCUUAUUUAUUUUGUGUCUUUUUUUAAUUAUAAGUUGUGGUUCAAUUUUAUCCUUGGUUUAAAUUUUAUUUUUUUUAUUUCGUUACCCUCCUGAUUGUAUUUUAAAUUAAUGUUAUGAACGAACAAACACAAAAGAAUAGACAGAAAUUAUUUCUUAAAUAUUUUUAUUCAAAAUCCGUCAGUUUCAUAAUAAAACACUGUUAAAAGCACAUCGCAAAACACUUACUGGAUCGUGGAUCCGUUCAUGCAAAUAAAAUCAGCUGAACACAUGGUUAAAUCCAAAGCAAAAUCCAUAUCAAAUUGGGGUACAUCUUCUAAUUUUUCUAAAAGCGGGACUAGUGCUUCGCCGCAGUUUACUAAAUAUUAAAUCAAUAAUUUUCUUAAAAUCACUGCAUGAAAUCGAAGUGGCAGCCAUCUGUUUUGUUAAGGAGUGUGGGUUAGAAUACAAUACAUGUGCAUGCACAGGUAAAACUGAUUUAUCCAGCAUGAAACUUGUCUGACUCAUCCAAAUGGCGGGAUGAACAGUAAAUCAAAGGACUUUGAAGAUGUCGGCAACGUCACUUCCUCUUUCCUAACUUUUCAAGGAAAGAUCAAAGUGAUCAACUCUGCUAGCAGGGUAAUCAUUGGUCAGUGGAACAUUAAAAUCAGCAAAGAGUCGAACUGCCAUUUUUUUUCGCGCCAUUUUCCUCAUUUUCUUGUGGUGAUUUACAUUUGUAUGGAAAAAAACCAGCCCUUGAUAACUGGAAAAUAGUUGCAAGAGCAUCAUUAUUUAACCCAUUCGCUCCUGGAAAUUUUGCCGAAAAACGCGUUUUGAAGCUAGUCGAGUGGUUUUCUGGUCACUGUUGUGCUAUAAAGAGCUAAAACUUACCACAAACCGGUUUACAGGUCGUACACUUGGCGGCCUUCUGAUCCAGAUGCAAAAUAUGAGCUUGCGAAGUUUGGGCAUGCGCAGAAAGCAAAAUUUUGACAUAGUUUUUGGGUUUAAAAGUGACACAGCAGUCUUGACUUUUACUUUUCGCUUUCUCUCCACCCUUCUUUUUUCGCUUUUCUUGCCUCAUUUUUUUUUCUCUUGCUGGGCAUUUAGUAGGCUUCAUUUUGGUGGGAAGAGAUUUUGGGAAAGCUUUUAGGAUCUUAGGAUUAGGUGAAAAGAAAGGUAGGUGGGUAAUGGAACAAGAUUUUCAUGGAGAUUUUCAGGUCCUUGUCACGUGGUUUUUUGCUUCUUUCUCCGGUGUCCUUGACUGAAUUGUGCUCAUUCUGGUAUGGUUUGAAAGAUCUCUUCACUCUGCACAAGUUAGCGAAGAAAGUUGUCCUUGACCGUUAAAACUGAUGACGUCACAAAGGGUAGAAAGGACCUGGAUCCGCACGGGCGGUUACGGGCGGUUCAGGGGCGAAUGGGUUAAACUUGUGUGAAAAGGUGCCAAAUCCAGAUUGUGGUCAUUUGUGUGAUCAUGACUCGUGAUGUUUUGAAGAUUUUGAAGAGAAAGUCUUUUUUAACCAGAAUUUUGCAAAAUUUUGUUUUAACAGAACCGGCCGGCAUGGUAAUGUCCCACCUCUCAGAUGACUAUUUUUCAGGUCGACUGAGUGGGAACUUCGACCAUUCUGUAGCUCAUUGAUUCCUAAAGUUUGCAGUGAAUUCAGGUUAUUUUAGAAGGUAAGUCAACCUGAUUGGAGUUUUUCGUGAAGGCUAAAAUAUAAAAGAUGUUCAGGGCCUUGGUUAGCAUAUAACAUGUGCUGUUUGUCUAGCUGUCAAUGACAUCAAUGUGCAUUGUAGCUGAUUAAUGAAGUACAUUCUUUCUUCCAGAUAGACUAUUUUUUGCAUGCAUGCAUGUGAUCAUGAAGUGACAUCAACGUCGGCUGUGAAAAAGUUAGUCUCCUUUGCAGCUGUUUUUAGGGUCGUCGCGCAAAGCUAAGCUUAUUAAGUUUACUUAAGUGUAACUUUUGAUAAGCUUACUUUCGUGAAAGCAUUCUUUGUUUUAGCAGUAUACAGUAUCAUGUAUUACUGACACCUAAGUUUCCUGUUCAGGGCUUCUGAUAUUUCGUGUGGUCGCAGACCCGCGAAAUUCAGGUAUUUCCGCGAAAUCCCGUGAAAUUCCAAAAAAAAAAACGCGAAAUACCGCGAAAUCCGCCAAAAAUAUUUCCAAAUACAUGUCAGCAAAACAUAUUUAAUACUUAUCUUGGCUAUUAGACCUGUUUUAUUCACCCCAAACGUCUAAAUUUAUCUUGAAACUUCGUCACUGCAACGAGUAUCAAAACUACCAGGCUUUCUUAGAUUAAUGUUGUGAAAAACUGGGCACUAAUCGUAAUGUUAAUAGCUUUAGCAUUCGCUCAUUUUUCGAGCGAACUGUUGUUGAAAGAGCAAAUGAUUAUCCCUGUUAAAAAACGUUUAACAACGCUGGUCAUAUCGAUGCAAAAUUGAUUGAUUUUAGCGAAAUUUGCCAAAAAAAAUCCAGCGAAAUCGGCUGUUUUUUACUGAUUGUUUCUUGGCAAAUUCCCUCCCCCCCCCCCCGAAAUUUCCUGUGAAAUCGGCCAAUUUUGCUAAUAAUUUGCCCCUGAAAAAAUGUUUCGAAAUUUGAAUUUUUUCCACUAAAAUCCACGAAUUCGGCCGGUUUUUUGCGAAUUUUGACUUUUCUCCCGCGAAAAUCCUGCCAAAUUGGCUGAUUUUUCCGCGAAUUUUGACUUUUUUCCCGCCAAAAUCCUACAAAAUUGGCCGAAUUUUCCGCAAAUUUGCCCCUGAAAAUCCCGCAAAAUUUUGCUUUUUUCCCCCGAAAUAUCAGAAGCCCUGCCUGUUAGUAUGCUUGUACACAGUGAUCUAUUGAUUUCUCAAUUGCCUAAUUCAUAGUAAGUUCAUAUUGUGUGGUUCCAGAAAAUAUCCAUACCCCCCCCACGGAAGGGAUUUGCCGUAUAUGACCCCCCCUACCCUCUGGAUUUUCCAAAAUCGGCCCCCAAAAUUUACCCCCCCUCCCCUCUGGAAUUUCCAAAAUUUUCGCACACCCCCUGGAAAUUUUGCUAUUUCUAAUUAUUGAAGUGAACAAAGAAGUAGUUUUGUUCAGUAGGAUGCCAAAGUUUGUGAGUUUUAUGGUAUUUUCUGUUGAAUUGUAUUACAGAUAAGCGAAUUCCUUAUGCGAACUCCUUAUGCGCUCAAGUCACAGACAAAUUAAAUUUUGUGCGUUUCAUUUAAUUUCUGUUGAAUUCUACAAUUCUGCAAAUGAAAUGCAAGGUCGCGUACCAAACGCAACUGUACUUUUCUCACACUGCGUCGAGAAGAAAGCAACACUUGAAGAGGACGAAUUUUAAAAGAGAUCAGAACCUCGUCACGCGAUAAGACAGUGUGAGUAUCGAAUUUCGUUCUACCAAAUUUGCAUGUUUGAGUUUGCGGUAAAAUUGCGCGUCGCCGAUUUCUUUGAUAUAAGUAAAUUGUCAUGCAAAGUUUAACGUGCUGGAAAAGACUCGUGUAACUUAAUUCUUUGUGAUAGAGAAACAGUCAAGAGAAGAAGAAAUGCAACCAAUUAAAAAAAAAUUAUUUUUCGUGUUUUGUGUUCUCGAUCGACAUGCAAGGAAAAUGAAGUUUCGUUCUGCUGGCUCAUAAACUACAAAAGCGUAAAAGAUAAAAAAUAUUGUUUUUGGGAAACUUGUUGAAAAAAAAAACCUUAAGUAUUGACUAAAACGUAUGUCGAUGCUGUCGAUAAUCGAUUGAUAAUAUGAAAGCAAAGAUGGCUACAAAGGAGAGAUGCGUAACUAUUCAUAUAUGAUACAUUUGUAAACAAAGUUUGUAACGUACGUGACCUGGAGAAUGGGCAAUUCCAGAAAAUAUCCAUACCCAACCACGGACGGCUUCCAUGUUUUAACCCCCCCUUGCCUUCGGAAAUUCCAAAAUGCGCUACCCCCCCAUGCCCUCAGAAUUCCAUAGUCGUGAACCCCCCCUCCCCUUCAGAAUUUCCGGUUUUUUUUGGAAGUACAUUUUCGAAUUAGCAACGCCUAUAAGAACAAACGAACAUGAAUUUAUGCCUCCUCAAGGCUGUGAUCUAGCGGCGCCAGGUGACAAGCUUUACUCUUCAGUGACAAGAAAAACCUACGCUAGUUGCCAGGCCGUGCAAACUCCUUUUUAAGUCCGAAUUUGGCUAUAAAAAUAAACACCACUUAAGGUAAUUUUACUCCUCUUUGUUUUCUUGUGUUGUUUUGACGUUUACAAAGGAAAAUAGCUCAAACAGACUGUUAAAAUCUUUUGGUGGUCAAAUAUACCGUCGAGUUGUGUUGCGUCCUUUUAUACGUCAUGUAGUGCGCACGAAAAGCGUUCUAAUCUGACAGGCGUUCCUUGGAAGUGAGGGACUGGUGCGAGUUUUUUACUGUUUAUCGGACGGUUUCGGACGGGAGUAACAAGAAAUUUGCAAGCGGUAUUAAAAGAUAAAUUUUCAGUUUUUAUUCAUGUGACAAGAAAUUCAUCAAGGUAAAUGUGAAACCAACGUUUUACUGUUCACUUCUAUAAGUUAUGAGCGUAAACACGUGUCUGAUUUAUCGAUGCUUGUCUUCUGCUUCCGCGGUCAUACGUUCGUGGUUUAUUUACGAACUACAAAAGUCCACAACAAUAGCGUUUUCCAGGAACUUACUCUACACUUUCUGCUCCAGAAAUCCCACCUGUGGAAUUCCCCCAUACCUUCGGAUUUCAAAUCGUAAAUACCCCCCCAUGCCUUCAGAAUUCCAUAAUCGUGAAUCCCCCCUCCCCUUCGGAAAUCCUUAAAGCCGUCCGUGGUAUGGUAUGGAUAUUUUCUGGAAUCGCCCAAUAACAGAUUGUUCGACGCAAGUGGCUAACGACGAAAUGGUUUUGGGAUGGAAACUCGGCUAAAAUUUAUCUUUGAACAGAUAGCUUCAGUCGCUCGAACAGUCGACAAAUUCUUUUUCGAACGGAUAGCCCGAGCCGUUCGAACGGAUGACAACUUUUUUCAAACGGACAGCCUGAGCAAUUCGAACGGAUGACAACUUUUUUCAAACGGAUAGCCCAAGUCGUUCGAACAGAUGACAAUUUUUUCUUGAACGGAUAGCCCGAGCCGUUCAAACAGAUACCAAAUCUGUUUGAAAAUGGCAAACCGUAAGGAACGUUUUCGCGUGAGAGGUCACGCCUAGGGACUGACAAAAUAUGUUCGUUAUGUCCAUUAAUCCAUAGGUUUAGUAGCUCUUUAACUUUCGUCGUGUUUUAUAUCUUCGCAAAUAAAUUGUCGUGGUAAAUUUUUGUGUUUUUUCUUUGUUACUCUCUUACGCGUCACGAGAAUCCUCUGGAAAUAUUUCCCUAUGGUGACCCCCCCUCCCCCCUGGAAAAUCCGAUCCCUUCCGUGGGGGGGUAUGGAUAUUUUCUGGAACCACACAUUGUAUAAUUGCAUACAUGUAUUUUAAGAAGACUAAGGAAUUCUAUGAUAAGUGAUUUAAGCCUCCAAAUUGACUUGCUGUCUAAUAUGCUGUUUUUCAGUUUGAAGUUCAGUACAUUAAUUUGAAAUAACCCACCAUCUCCUUUAUGUCACUGAAAAAAUUCGAACAAAAUUGACUGAAAUUAAAAUACCCAGUAUAUCUAUGUAAAGUAAAAUUACAGCGUUUGAUUGGGGAAGGGAGGUCAGUUUUUGUACAUAUAUUAUUAUCAGAAGGUUUAGAAACCUUGUGAUUCUGCUAUAAUAAUAUUAUUUAUACAAUAAGAUACAAUCCAUUAACACUGAUUGGCUAAGAGGUGUGUUUGCAUUAGACUAUGUAAGGUGAGGGUAAAUGGCAGAAUAAUAUUUUAUUUUGCGGAAUGGAAUGUGGUAUGACUUGCAGAAAUAGCAUAAUUAUUCAAAAAUUAUGUAACAUGUACAGAAUGACUCAAAGUAAUUGGUAUGUAGAUAGACAGUCAAUCGUGACUAUAAUAAAAUUCCCAUAUGGCUAUCAGCUGUCAGUUUAAGUGGUAAUAGAACAGUGUAACAGGACCAUACGCAUCAUGCAUAAGUUGGACAGUGUGCGCCAUUACAUGCGAGCACUUAAAUGCUUUUUUUCACUUGGAGCAAAAAACUUGCAAACCAAACUCAAUUUUUUUUAAUCAAAAAGGCAUUAUAACAUUUUCAUUUUUUACAAAUAGAUUAGUACAAUACCAAGCAUUGCUUAACAGGAGAUCACUUGUGUUUGUUUGAGGAUUUAUGCUUAGAAUAUAUAACCUUACCAUGAGAGUAUUAAAAUUUAACUGUUUACAUGAGAUUUUAAGUGCAUGAUAUCUUUCGUCAGUUUUGUAGACCAGCUUCAAACUACCAAGAUACUGAAGAUGCUGCCCUGUGAUAUCACAAGAUUUUAAAUACACUGAGUAAAUCAUACUUGCUCCUGAAAGUAAGUUACUCAGCUCUUUGUGACCUCUGUCAUACACAUGUAGGCACUCUUUAGCUAAUGUAAUGAAGUUUCACUAUAUAUUGAGAUCAUUACCUAGAUCACUAUUUCCUUUGAUUCUCCAAUACACUGCUCAAUAGUCAAGCCUUUGUUAAUAAUGGAUCUCACCCCUAAGUACACACUUAGGUCCUUAGCCAAUAAUACUAACAUUGCAAUUUCAAUGGUGAACUUUUUUACUGGAAAUCUCCCCUCCUAAAUGAAGCUUUUUUGUGGUCCCUGCGCCACUAAUAAACACUUGAUUUUUAAUUGACCUUUGUGAAAACAUGGUUUUCUCUCCUAAGUCAACACUAACUUUUCGUGGACCCCGUGUGGGAGGGGGGGUGGGGGUACUCCAGAUUUCAAGACAAGACAAGAGAAGACAAUGCUUUAUUUGGAGUCUUAUACAGUCCUAUGCACAUCGACUUUAUCCAAAUAAUUUAAAAUCAUAACACACAUAUGCAUUGCACACUAGUGGAACUAUGAUCAAUGUUAAGCAAAAGAACUAAUUAAUGCUGUGUUCAUACUGGCCCAUGAAAGUAAGUUCAUCUUCCUGUUGACCUCUGCUAUUAAUGUGUGGGUAUAGAUACAUCUCUGAGCUAGAACAAUCUGAUCCAGCUUUCCACAGUCCAGUCCAGUACUGGUUUGUUCAACAUCUCUGUGAAUUCUCAUCAUGUACCAGCUAUGAGUUAGUUUGUCGAUUUCUUCUUGACAAGUUCUGUCAUAAAGCUUCCACCAACUGAUUGACAUGUUUACAAACACCAGUACAGCAUACAACCAGUGUUAAUGUCCCUUUUCCUUCUAAUGCCUUAUGCCAAGUGUGCCUUAUUCAAAUUUCAUGACUUAAAUUGUACCUCCUUCAGCUCCAUUGAAUGAAAGUUAAAACAGUUUUUUGCAAGGAUAGCUUGGUAUAUUGUACAUGUAGGUUGACAUGCUCUUUUUUCACUUUAUUAUUUCAGACGUUUAUGUCAGUCAAUCAAAACAUCAUUAUGAUCAUGUACCUGUAAAGUCUGCAGAAAACUUUAAAAGUCCAGGUAAUUCAGAUAAAUUUUACAAUGGUUAUCUACACACUAGAAGUUUUGAUGAAUCUGUUGUAGUUAGUUUUUUAACUCAGGUAAUUUUUGUUUUUCUUUCGUUUUUGGGUAUGUUAAUGUAUACUUAAAUGAAGUUGAAACUACAGUGUCGAUCCACAUACAAAUAUGUUAUAUUUCCUAAAAGAAAAAGUUGAGAGAAUUUCCCCUUUGGUGAUCUAUUUAUUAAUUUUUACAACCUUUUCUUUUGAUGAUGUAUGGAUAUAAUGUUAGGAGAAGACUGAUGUUGUUACUUUUGGAUGGGACUUAAAAGGUUAAAUAAUAAUUCUACUUAGUUCCUUCCUCCUAUAUUUGAACAGCUUAAGGAAAAUGUUUUUGAUUGAUUGAUGUGUACAUGUUCUGCUUUUUAAUUUACCCACUUUCUAGGGACACUGAGACUCAAUGGCACAGCAUCAAGAACGUAAAAGAAAAGAGAGUCCUUCUUGUCGGGCAGGAAGACGUCAUGUCCCUCCUCCUCUUAGUAUCAAAGUACCUAAAAUGAAAAAUCUUUCUAAAAAGUCAAAACCUUGGAGUGAUGUUCAGCUUCCAGUUGACAUUCUUUUGUUGACAGUGGAGGAUUGCGAGUUCUUGGCGUGCUAUGUGUACCUAAAUAAUCCCAUUAAAAGCUACCACAAUAACCUUGGAUAUGUGUACUUUGGUACCAUUGGUGAAAGUGGAGAGGAGGUGCUGAAAGUUGCUCUGAUGAGAUGUUCUAAAGGUUCUUCUGGUCCAGGUGGCUCUCUAGUCACUGUCAAGAAUGCAGUUGCUCAGUUGAGGCCCAAGGCUGUUUUUGCUGUUGGCUAUUGCAGGGGAUUGAACCCCCAAGACACCAAGCUGGGUGAUGUAGUGGUAUCCUCUAAGCUUACAACUGAAGAAUUCUCAACCCCAGUGAGAAAGAAUAUUGGCAACCUUAUCUUGUUUUCAUCUGAAGGCUGGGAUCCACCAACAACAGCUGAAGAAGAAGUAAAAGUGCAUUCUGACAGUGAAAUUUUUAGUGGCAUCAAUGACCCAAUCAGUGCUAAAAAAUGCCGUAUGAAUGCAGCUGAAAAGGAAGGGGAAGGUAACAUUUUUUGUUACUUAUUCAUUUUAUCUCAUUAAAUAAUUAUUAAUCUAUUCAGGCACAACUGUUUGUUUGACAUAUUUCCAGCCACAUACUGCAGGUCUUCAUUAGAUGAUAGUGUCAAAGACCUGCAUGCAGUGAAAACAUUGUGAUCAAGAUCUAAGUGACAUUAUGGUGAAACAAAUAAAAUCCUUUAUAAUUUUGCACACAUUAACCGUGAUGUACAAUAUCUUUCAUGACAUGAACAAUAAUAUUUUUGUAGCAUUAUUAUGUGUUCUGUUUUUUUUUUUGUUUCUCUUAUUUAAACAUGUAGGACUGUUUGCUGCAGCCCAUGAAGUGAAUAUUGAAUGGGUGAUUGUUAAAGGGAUAUCACAUUUUUCUGAUGAUAGCAACACUCCUAAUGAGUCCUGGAAGUCAUUUGCUUCCAUCAUGGCAGCUUCUCUUGUGUCCAACAUGUUAAGUGAUCCAGUUGUUUUUAAAGAAUGGCCUCACUAUGAAGGUAUGUAACCUCCUUUUCCUGUUUGUUUAUUAAUAGUGAAUUUUCUGCUGAGAUAUAUUUAUGUAUCUAUUAUAAAAAAAAGUUGAAGUUUUAGUUAAAAAGGUUAUAAGAUACAUGGACUACCACAAAUUCUACAAUAUAGAAGAUGCUGUUUUAAAAUUCUUUAACACUGCUAGCCUCUACUUCUCCUUCACUCUCUGAAAAACUGUUAGAAGAUAAAAAAGAUGCACCAUGUUACAAGAAGAUAAAAGAUAAAAGUCUGUUUUGCUUACAAAAAUUAAAGAACAGGACAGUUAAACUCUUUUGUUUUUGUUGUAGAUGUGUCAGCAAACAAGGAUUCCAGAACCUUACCAGGUACUACUCUGUCCAAGUAAAGUUAUAAGGAAUUCUAGCAAACUGAAGUAUUUAUUUGUCAAUAUGUUUAUAGUACAAUUAAACCACCUCUUUUCAUCUUUACACAGUCUGUACAAUAGUAACAAUUCUCUUACUUUUGUUGAGAAGUAAUGACCUGUAUAUUUGAAGCCUUUCACCUCUUGUCUACCAAAUCUUAUAAUAGUAUCUGAAUGUCACUCCUUUUAAUUACCUUAAAAACAACUUGACUCCUUCGUCGUAUCUCAAAUCUAAAACCCCUCCACCCCUCACCGCCCCCACCCCUUCCCUUAAGCAGUAGAUAAAUCCAUUGUGUAGUUCCAGAAAAUACCCACAUCUUCCCUUGGGGAGGGAUUCUUUCUAAGAGCCCUUUGCCCUUCUAAAAGUUCUUUGACCCCAGGAAUUUCCAAUUCCUUCUGUGGAGGCUGUGGAGAGAGUAUGGAGAUAUUCUGCAGCUACACAUUUUGCUAAUUAUACUGCCAAAUCAAAUUGAGCGUUCAAAACUCAAAACAUGUUUUUAAGGAUAUUAAAAAAUGUUGUCUUUUUUCUUAAAUAACCACCAAAUCAUUAGGACCAUUCCAACAAUGACGUCUUUGUUUUGUGAUUUUUCCCCAAGUAUUUUUGCAGCCUUUACCAAUAUAUAUAUCCACUGAGUCGAUUGAUAUCUAUUCACUUGACUUCUCAGUUUUGCGAACAAAUUUUAAGACCACUUUGAGGCCAAUUUCUCACUAUAACUAUAUAGCGCAAAACGUCUUCAGCGGCGAAGAGCGAGGAGAAACGGAUGUUUUCGCAGGCUAUUCUUAACUAUGAAUCUUUUACUUUGUAUUAAGAUGGAAUCCUUUGGUAAAUUGAGUAAUUUUUUAUUUUCAGUGGACAAAAGCCUUGUACAAGAAUAAUUUCAAUCGUUGCAUUCUUUUUGUAAUGUAAUGUAAUAAGUUAUAUGAAAUAACUCCAAAGAAACAGUUCUUAUGGGAGCCGGGAAAAACAAACUUUAAAAGCUUCAAAUUUCAUAAAACAGGGCUCAAAAUUAAAAAAAUCCUCAGGUUGUCUUCUGGUGACCAACUGGAGAAAUAUUAGUGCCACAUGCAAAUUUUUAGUCGCCAGUUUGUAUAAUGUAAAUGACGCACGCAACUCAUACUAUGGUGCAAUCUAUCAGAUUUGAUUGUUUGAAAAUAUCACGGACAGAAGUCAGUAUAAAUUUGGAGGUAAACUGACUUUGUGUAUGUGAUUUGGCACAUUUUUUAUGACGAAAGCAAAGCAAGGUAAGAUGAAAUGUUUGUUUAACUUUAAUCUUUUACUUUAAAUCUAAAUCAAAGAGAAAUCUGUUUGCUAAAGUGCCGACUAAACCAGAAUUUUUAGUUGCCAAGAAGAAAAUGUUAGUCACAUUGGCGACCAUUUUAGUCGCAAUUUUGAGCUCAGCUAAGGCUGCAUUCAUUAUGUAUACUGUGGGGGGCAGGGGGGCAGAGGAUAUUUUUUAAAUGGGGAAAAUUUUUUAAGAUCUCCCCCAUAUCAUACAGAAUUUGUUCACAACACCCCUCCUGACCAAAAGAAAAUAUUGGCAGUCUUGACAAGGACAGAAGAGGAUAUAAAGGUACAAGCACUCUACUUUUUUGAGGCCCAAAUUCCAUCUCAAAGCACUUCAGCAACAGAGGGAACUGACUAUCUUUAGUGGGGAUACUCUUGAUCAUGUAGAUUGUGCUAUUCAUUAUUUAGAGAAGCAAAGUGUUUUUGAUGUGGAUGUUGAUGAUGUUAAAUAACAUUCGUCACCACCGACACAUUUUUCAAGUUGUGUAUGCUAUUUGAGCCACCAAGCACUUUAAGACAUUCAAAUGUUAUUUGUUUGCAAAGGAAUACUAAUAUGAUAAAAUACUUUGUAUGGUUGUUAUGUUAGUUUGUAGAGCUCGGUUUCAGUCCAUUUAUUAGUCUUGAUUUCAGUGGCAACUGCUAACUGACACAGAAAUAUUGGCAAUUUUCCAGAUAAAGAAAGAUUGAACUUUUCAUUGAAAUUUUGUACUUGUAAAUGUGCUGACUUAAAAGCAAUAUUAGCUUUAUAAUAAAAACACUUGACUUUGAUAUUAAUAAUGAAAGUCCUGUAAAGUGUGUAUUUAUAAAGCAAGUAAGCUAGCAAACUGUCUUCAAGCAUAGAGUUAUUAAGAUGGCCUUCUUUUAUCAAAAACAUCCACAAAAUAAUGCUUGCUUUUUUAAUAAGUGGAGAAAAAAAUUUAGCAACCCCCACCCACCUUCAUCUGUCAAAAAAUCCUCUUCUCCCCCUUGCAGUAUACAUAAUGAAUGCAGCCUAAAGAAUCUUAUGCAUGACGAUUUUACCUGUGUUUUUUCAAUUCCUGUGAAAUUUGAAAUUUGUUUUCUCGGGCUCCCUAAGGAUCUUUUCUUUGGAGUUAUUUCAUAUAACUUAGUACAUUUAUAGCCCUUGAAAAGAGUACAAAAGAAUGCGAUAUGACUUAAUUUAUUCUGCUUCAUGUACAAGGUUUCUCUCCACUACAAGUUAAAAUUACCCAAUUUCCUAAUGGGUUCCGUCCUAAUUUCCUGGGGGUAUUUUUUUUUUUGCAAAUGUUCUCUAAUGCAUUAGUGGUUAAGAAAUAAUGUGUGGUUAUGUGAGGCCCAUAUCAUCAGCCUUCUUACAUUUUAUUAUAAAAGGUUCUUAUAUUCUCCCUUCCCUCACUUUCAUUAUUAAUCAAAUGUUUUCUUGCAUAAUGCUCGGUCGUUAGUUAAAUGGUUUCUUAAGGCUGCCUGCUCUUCAAAGUGAAGAAACCCUGGAAUGUGCAUUUUUUUUAAAAGUAUUUAUUUUUAUCUGAUCAUAUUUGCAAGGUGGCUGCUUUUUAAUAUCCCUGUCUUAGAUUUGGUGUCAUAACAAAGAAAUUGUUUAAGACUUGUUGAAAAAUUCUUGCUGACAGAUUCCGUAUGCCUCGAAGAGUGCCAGAAAAAGCUGCGAUCCCUUUAUGAAACCAAAAACAGAGUCAAAAUCGUUCCAUGGGAACAAACCUCUGCUGUUGAUAUUAACAAGAUCUACACAGACUUGUCCUGGGUUAUGGAUCACAGGACACCCAGGGGAGUGACAAAAGAAGAACUUAACCACUACACUGAGAUUUUUGUCCGCAGAGAACCUCAUCCUGCACCAAAGCGGAUUUUGGUUUAUGGACAGCCAGGUAAGUGAGGAAGUAAAGUAAGCUAGCAUGCAGGGUCUUUAUUUAAGUGAAGAGUGACCACAUGAUAGCUGCCAAAGCUAACAAAUGAGUGGCCCUCAUUACACAAAAACAAGAAAAAUGGUAACCAGCAAAAUAAAUCCAUACAGGAUGUUGGAGAACACAGUCUGUAUUAAGCUUGUGUCAUGUACAGGCUUUUUGAGUGUUUUGCCAAAAUCCCAAUUCAAGUGGGUUAAUUUAUUAUAAUUGUUGCCAAAAACAAUGGAAAGUUUUUUCCUUUUGCUUUAGUGGAUAAAUUAAACUGAAAGAGGAAACAAAGUUUUUCUGUUGUCUAUGAGUCUACCAGUUAAAUUUAAAACAAUUUAUCUGGUUAUAGAGCAAUCAGAAUGUGUGUAGGCUUCAGUAUUUAUGUAUUAUUAUUAUAUAAACACCAAUGAAAUACCAAGUGAGCUUUCGCGCGAAAACUUGACAUCUUCAGGUGUGAAAAUAACAUGUUAUCUUCAUACGUGGGAAGAUGAGAGACCCUGGGAACGAGGUUGACGUGAAAAUAUCACCGUUGCUAUGGCUUCAUAAUAAACCGCGCCUUACAGACCGAAAAAUGCUUUGGUACUUCAUUGGUGUUUAUAUAAUAAAUAGAACAUUACAUGGUCACUUGGAGAUACCAAAUUUCUCUUCUUGUGUUAAAAAAAAUAUUUCACUCGUUUGCUGCGCUCACUCGUGAAAUAUUUUUCAACACUCGAAGAGAAAUUUUGUAUCUCUGCGUGGCCAUGUAAUAUCCUCUAUAUUUAUGUUGUGGCUCAAUUUUAUCUAUAAGUUUCAUUUUCUAAAAUGUACAAUCAAAAACUAACAAAUAAAAAUAAAAAUUCAUCCAAGGAAAAAUUAAACUACACCCUUUACUAUAUUGUUCAGUGUCAGUUUGAUGUCAGUUAUUAUUACAGCACUCAUAAGCCGCAGGUGAGAGUUUGCUGUCACUAACUGCAGAUUUUACUGAUACAACACUGCCAUGGAAAUUACAUUGUGGAUCCAAAUAUUCUUUUUUUGCGAGUUACUUUAGCCUGAGUUGAAUCAAAGAAAGAGUCGCAUAUUCAGUGACUCAUUAAAAAUUCGUUUCUUGUGUCCUUUUCUUUCAUGUUUAUCUUCAUAUUUAUGAGUAAUUUUAAACUACUCAUUAAAGACCUUUCUUUUUAAAAUAACAUACGCUGUAGUUCCAUUGUAUUGUUACUUCAAAUUAGAUUUUCCUUUGUUACAAACCCACUUAUCACAUUACUAUGCACUCAAAAGCGGUGGAGGAGAAAAUCUGAGAUACUGUGAAUAUAAAAGUGACACCAACAGCGAUGAAUAUAACUAUAAUCUUGUAAUGAUAAUAAGAUUGCAGUUCUUUAGACAAAGCUAAGAAUUCCAAAAUCUAUACUCCCUUUUGAAGUUAAAAAACAAUCUUUUUGGAUUAACUUAGGUGAAACCAAAUUAAAGACCCUCCAUGAAAAACAGACUAAUGUAAGGCCAUCCCCAUAAAAUGUUUCGUUUCCCAUCACCCUCCCUCUCGUGAAGGUGGGUCGGUCGGUCGGGCAAAAAAAAAAAAAAAGAAUGAACACAUGAUUGCAUAUUAAAUCUCACGUUUAGUCUGCAAGAUAUAAUCAGAUGGUAAAAGAUGUAUAUUAACAGGACUAUCAAAUGUCUAAAAAGGCUACAAAAACGAAGUAUCGAUGAUAAUUUAAGACAAAUGGUGUUAAUAAGACAAGAUCGUGUGCUUAUAAAUUAAAGUACUCGCUUCUUUACAAGUGAUUCUGGAAUUUUUUUUUUACUUUUCCAAAAAAAUGGGUCGGUCGGGCGAUGGGAAACAAACCAUUUUAUGGGGAUGGCCUAAGCGCAUUUUAAAGAAAAAGUUAAAAAAUUCAGAAAAUUCCGUUGAAUAAUUUGACACUUCUGUCAAAAGUCUUCUUAAAACUGUAGAUUCAAGAAGUCCUCACAAUUUAGUUCAUGUUGCCUCCUAGGUAUCGGCAAGACUGUUUUUACGCAGAAAGUCACUUUCGACUGGUCCCAACAGAAAUUUCCACAAACAUUAGGAGCGUUUGAUCUUGUCCUUCUGGUAAGAUUACGGGACGUUUCUAAUCUCCAAGAUGUUCCGUCCAUUUUGGCGGCUUCCAGAGCGCUGGCUAGUGAUGGCACAGUUUCUGUCGACAACCUGUAUAACUACGUUCGUCGCCAUCAAGAAAAAGUCUUGCUUAUCUUGGAUGGUUACGAUGAGUAUGUUUACACUGCUGGAAACCAAUCGCCUGUCCUUGAAAUCUGGAAUGAAAACCAGUUAAGCAAUUGCUGUGUUGUAAUAACUUCAAGGGAAAUGAAAGCUGAGACGUUGAGAAGUUCUGGUGAUGCUGUUUUCAAGAUAGAGGGCUUCAAUCAUUGGCGUCAAAAAGACUUCGCUGGUAGAUUUUUAACAGAUGGUCAAGAUGUUAAAAAUUUUUUCAACUACCUGGAGCAGCAAGACCUAAGAAAACUAGCACAAAUUCCUCUUCUUCUUCUAAUUAUGUGUCUACUCUGGAAGGGGAAAGAUCGCAACGCACUGCCAAAGAAACGCGCAGAUAUCUUCCCUCAGUUCGUGAAGACUUUGUUUCAUCACAUGGGCGAAAAACAGUCUGCUGAAUCGGUGUUUAACAUUGAGAAUUACUCACAAGAAUUAUAUGCAUUAGGGCGCUCGGCCUUUGAAGCUCUCAUCAACGAUUGCCUGUAUAUCCCGAGAAGUGAAUUACCAAACUACGAUCUGAUCGAGAGUUUGAUUGAAGUGGGCCUUUUUCAAGUUUUGAAUAUGUCAAGUUUGAAUCCUGAAAAAGGUGUGUAUUUCAUUCAUAAAUCCCUACAAGAAUACUUCGCGGGAUGUUUUCUGAAAGAAGAACUGAUAUUAUCUAAAAAGAAUAAAAUUACAAAUUCCCUGUCAAAGCUGGACUCGGUUGAAAAGAUCCUCAAAAUGAAUGAAGCGUUAAAAUUUGCUGGUGAGCUGUCAGAAGAAGCCGCGCGCGAGAUUGUGAUUCACCUGAUGAAAAUGGCGGCGAACAAAGAAGGACUAACGAAGUACACCUUCGACAGCGAAGCACCGUCAGAGGAGGAUUUU